CAACAACAGACAACAUUAUAAUCCUCAUCACGACCGUGAAAAGAGUGUUGAUGUGGGAGUAGCAGUGGGACGGACAGCCCGGUGAGGGAUUUUGGAUAUUGGGGUGUUUUGUUACAAUUAGGGUAGUCUCAUAUUAGAGCCUUCAGGGUUGAGCGUUGCCAUGGAGCCAGUUCUGCCAGCAAAGAUUGACAAUGCAGACCAUGAUGCUAAAAGGAAGAUCCAGUUCUCAGUGCCUUCAGCAAUACCAACACAGCUGGACCCAGGGCAGGUGGAGCUGAUUCGACGUCGGAGGCCGACGCCCGCCACCCUCUUCAGACUGACAGACCCGCCAUCGCCGGAAGAAGACUGCGGGUCUCAUCAGUGGGUUCUGGGAGAAAAGGGCGCCCUGAAAGCCAAAAUGGUGGCCCACACGUACCAGCCGCCCUCACUUAAAGCUGUGCAACGAAUGGCCCAAGCGCACCUGUCCUCUAUAGACAUGAGCUCUGUGGACCAGGAUGACCCACCUUCUGGAGAGGAGGAUAACGAUCUGAGAAUAGAAAACAAGUCUCCGGAGCCUUUGUGUCCGGCGAGCGUCACCUGCCAUCAGGGAAAGAUGGAGGAGAACGCCAAGGCGAGUGAUGGAGGAGAAUGACAGAACAUCUUAGUGCGGACGCUUGUGUGCUUGCGUGGUUGUGAAUGUCAUGUAAAUAUGUGUGUGUGCGUGCCUGAGGGAUGGCUAACGGACAAAGGCCAACCAUAGUUUUAUCAACAAUAAAGUGCACUAUACAGUAUGCAUUGUAAAUGAUGGUGAAUGUAAUGCUUUUGUGUGUAUACUGUAAAUGAUUAUUCGAUAUGCUUUCUGUUGGUUGUGAAUAAAACCACCAUGCAGGUUG